UUUUUGUUGUCAUUGAUUUGAAACAUGGCGUCAGAAGGAGAGGCGGUCAGCACCGCUAAACCAGAACCGGAGACCGGAGACGGGGACGCUGCAUUUGGGGAAAUCCCCCCCAGCAUGGAUACAGAAUCAUCCAACGGCAAAGAGGCGAUGGAAGCAGCGGGGGAUGGAUCUGAAGCCGCCGACGCUCUGACGGGAUCCGGAGACGAGGAGAGCGGGAGGCAGCUGGGGGAAGUGGAGCUGCAGUGUGCGCUCUGCAUGAAGUGGUUCACUGCGGACACGUUCAGCAUUGACACCGUCACCUGCCUUCCCUUCAUGACCAACUAUGUGUUUCACUGCAACGUGUGCCAUCACAGCGGCAACACGUACUUCCUCAGGAAACAAGCCAACCUGAAGGAGAUGUGUCUCACGGCGCUGGCCAACCUGACCUGGAGGUCCAGAACACAAGACGAGCAUCCGAAGACCAUGUUCCCCAAAGACAAGGAUAUCAUCCCGUUCAUCGAUAAGUACUGGGAGUGCAUGACGACUCGUCAGAGGCCCGGGAAGCUCACCUGGCCCAACAACAUCGUGAAGACCAUGAGUAAAGAGCGAGAUGUUUUCCUGGUGAAGGAGCACCCGGACCCUGGCAGUAAAGACCCAGAGGAGGAGUACCCCAAGUUUGGCCUUUUGGAUCAGGACCUGGGGACCAUCGGACCCUCGUAUGACUCCCAGAAACAGACCGCCGCUGCUCCCACUGCUGCAGGGCUCAAUGGUGGAUCUUCUUUCUCAGGUGCUCUGGCUCCUGGCCCCGGGAAAGGACGAGGGGCCAAACGUAAACAACAACAGCAACAGGACAACACUGCAGCGGGAGCCGCCAAGAGAACACGCAGCGACCCCCUGUUCUCGGCGCAGCGCCUCCCCCCCCAUGGUUACCCCCUGGAGCAUCCCUUUAAUAAAGACGGGUACCGAUACAUCCUGGCAGAACCCGAUCCCCAUGCUCCAGACCCGGAGAAGCUGGAGCUGGACUGUUGGGCCGGGAAACCCAUCCCUGGAGAUCUGUACCGGGCCUGUCUGUACGAGCGAGUGCUGCUGGCCCUGCACGACCGAGCGCCUCAGCUGAAGAUAUCCGACGACCGCCUGACUGUCACCGGGGAGAAAGGUUACUCCAUGGUCCGAGCCUCUCACGGCGUCAGGAAAGGAUCGUGGUACUUCGAGGUGACCGUGGAUGAGAUGCCUUCGGAGACGGCCGCCAGACUCGGCUGGUCUCAACCCCUCGGUAACCUGCAGGCGCCUCUGGGCUACGAUAAGUUCAGCUACUCGUGGCGCAGUAAGAAGGGCACUCGCUUCCACCAGUCCAUAGGGAAGCAUUACUCCUCGGGCUUCGGUCAGGGAGACACGCUGGGCUUCUUCAUCGAGCUGCCCGACGGAACGGAGACCGCCAAGGCGCUGCCCGACACCUACAAGGACAAGGCGCUUAUCAAGUUCAAGAGCUACCUGUACUUUGAGGAGAAGGACUAUGUGGACAAAGCAGAGAAAAGCCUGAAGUCAAUGACUCCCAGCAAGAUGAUAUUCUUUAAAAACGGAGUGAGUCAAGGUGUCGCCUUUGAGAACCUGUUUGAAGGCAUGUACUUCCCGGCCAUCUCACUCUACAAGAGCUGCACGGUGUCAGUUAACUUCGGCCCACAUUUCAAACACCCUCCGAAGGACCUCAAGUACCAGCCGAUGAGUGACAUGGGCUGGGGCGCAGUGACGGAGCACACGCUGGCGGACAUGCUGUACCACGUGGAGACGGACGUGGACGGACGGCGCUCCCCCCCGUGGGAGGGAUGAUCACGGCUUCCAUUCAGAACGCACACAAACCCCCAAGAUAACAUAACAAGCACCAGAGAACUGUGGCUCAGAGAGGCUGAUAUCCACUCUUGUGAAAGCAGUUCUGAAGACAGGAAGUGAAUAAAUAUGCUGUGAUUACUCAAAGCUCAUUUCUUAUUGGCUGCUUAUGAUUCGUUAAUCAGCAGACAUUCCUCUCCGAACAUCUGACGACUUAUUUCUGGAGCUUUCCUUUAAAAUCUGUAUUUUUUGAAGUUAUUUUGUCACGAGUCUGCAGAAACAGCUGAUCCUGCAGCCGUCAGUUUUAGUCUGAGUUUAUCUGUUUUACAAUCUGUCAAUUAUCACUGUUUUAUACUCCGGGUUAAAUAAAAAAACAUGCUAAAUGGACAAA